AUGAGCAACAUUGACGAUUUGAGUGAUGAUGAUAUUGAUGUACCAACAACAGAAGUCCAAAAGCCAGCCGGUAUUGGUUCUCUCUCUGGUCUUGGAUUAGCCCUCUCGCAAACAGGAAAGACUCAAAAGGAUAAAACUGAAAAGGAACUCUUGGGUGAAGAAGUCACCAUCAUUUUCCAACUCGAAUCAAAGGGUGAAUCUAAGAAGCACGUUGUCAACAUGGGUCGUCCAGUAGAAUGGCUCAAGUUACUCGUUGAAAGAGAAUACGGAAUUAGCUUUGACUCCCAAAAAAUGUUUGUUGGAUCUAAGGAGUUGGCCAACUUUUUCAGUUUGGAAGAUAUCAAGGAAAUUAUUCCAAAGGCCGAAAAUGUUAUUAUUGUAAAGGAAUUGUAA